AUGCCGGAAGCGGAUAAUGGCGAAAAGUCACAAGCGCAUGGACAUGUUGGAUCUCGUAGGGAGAACGGGAUGAGCGAGGACGAGACGGGAGAAGAACAGGGAAUGAGGAUACUAUGGGUUACAGCCGCCGUGUUGGCCCUUUGUAGAGCAGAUUUACCAUCUUGUGAACGGGCACGAUGUGAGCAUUGCGACGUUGACUUCAUCGCAAGGAUGUGCGAGAGAACAUGUCAAGCCUGUCCGCGCACGGUUAUGGACGCCCGAACAGGGACUAAACUGAAAGUAUUUACUGAGCAGAGCCGAUCGCCAUUCUCGGCGACGUUGCCAAAAUUUGGUAGUGAGUUCAACAAGCAAAGCAAUACCCAAUUUAAAAACACUGCCAGACAAGCGGGCGUAGCAACACAAACUCAGCCGCUGAUUUCCACGUUCAAUCAACCAAGCUUUCAAAUACCAAGGCCCAUCCAACUAGCAGCACCUCAAACUCAAGUGGCUCCAGCACAGUAUCCUGCUCCGGCUGAUGUCGCUACUCUCGCGCCACUGAUUCCACCACCACGACCAACAGACCUGAAUAGAAACCUUGCACAGCAACCUGCUGAUUUAGCUCAGCCAAUGCCAGAGUAUCAGCAGAGUGGCGCACAAAGUGCUGCUUCGUUUAACCUGCCACAAACGACACAGUUCCAAGUCGCUGCUCCAAUACAACAACAGCAACAAUUCUACGGCGUAAACAACAACGGCUUUCAGCAACCAGCAAUGACGGACAUUUUCGGAAGACCUUUAUUCCCAGCACAAGCAGGUCAAAAUCCAUUCCAACUCCCUCAGCAGUCACAAUCGACUCCUCUACUGAAUCCGUUCCAGCCAUUCAUGCAACAGGCUGGCGCAGGAGGAGCACAGUCAGUUUUGGACCCGUUCGGUCUCUUCAAUUUGGCGGGAAUGACCAAUUUAGCACAGGGAACAGCUCUGACUCAAGUAUCGCAGACGGGUACACCAUAUAAUCCUCAACAAAACCAAUACGGACAAACAUCUCCGGUAAACCAGCAGCCUCAACAAAACCUACUGCAAAACCAACAAGCCCCGCAACCAGCAUACUAUAAUCAACAGCAACAAAAUGGAAACGUGCAGCAGAAUGGAAAUGUCCAACAGCAAGUAAACAACUAUCAAGGAUCUCAACAGCAGUUUCAAGCGUACCAAAAUCAACAAAACGUCUACGGACCGCAGAACAACAACAUCCCACGACCGCAAGUUCAACCACAGCAGGUGAAUGGUGUCAAUCAACAGUACCAAACUAACCAAGCACAAAUAUCACAGCAGUACACGCAAAACCAGGUGGUUAAUAUUCCACAGAAAUCACAUAGCAUCGAUGCUGCACCUAUAAAUCUACAAAAAUACGUCGAUGGUAAAGGCCCUGCACCACCAAAUUUACCACAGCAGUGCCCUCGUCAACCAGGGUGGGCCCCUUGCAUUUCGAAACAAACGGCAAACGAGCGAUUCUCAACUUGCUGCGCAAGACUCGGCGAAGGAUGCACACCUCUGUGCAACUACGAUGCACCCUUGUCCACGAUGCAACUAGCAGUGUUAACAGGACGAUGCCCACUGAACAAAAUGGCCGACAUCAUGGUUUGUGCGUCCGGAUACGAAGACGCCACUGCUUGCUGCGAAGCAUACAACGUCUUUGAACCCGGCUAUGAACAAUGCAGACCUUACUGCAACCCCGCAGCAGGUCUUCCGCAAGGAGGACUGCUCUCAGAAAAAUACAAAUGUCUAGUGAAGCUCUCUCAAAUCCAGCAGUGUUUCUACGUCUCUCAGAAACCAUAG